AUGCCUGUCCCUCAAGAGCCCCAGCAACAGGCCCCCAUGGACGCCAACCCCCAAGACGGUGUCGUUACUCAGCAACCCGGUGCCGAGCCCCAGCCCGAUAUGAACCUCCGCGGUGGCGAGGAGGCCGGCUGCGAGAUGUGCUGCGGUCUCUGCGGCUGCCAGGAGGCCUGCUGCUAA